AUGGAGAAGCUCAGUCAUCUGGUCGGAUCGAAGACCACGGACCAGGGGAACUCCACGGUCGAGGAGUCUAACACUCCAGUGGCCUCUCAGACCAAGGCUAGCGACAACAAGGAGCAUGGAUUCGGAUACCAAGGGGAAACGAAUGAAGUGAAUAGCCAUGAUGAGGAAAGUCCUGAUGAGGGAGCCCAAGCUGGUGUGCAAAAGAUCGAAGCUAUUACCUUGACUUGGUCAAAGGCAUCUUUGGCCACAGUGUUGAUCCUAAUCUGGUUUCUCACUUUGGUCAAUGGAUUCAAGUCCACCAUUACCUACAGCUUGACCCCCUAUGUCACUAGCGAUUUCCAGGGCCAUUCACUUUUGACAGUCAUCGACAUUGUCGCAAAAGCCAUCACAGGAGCUGUGUAUAUUCCUAUCGCGAAGCUUCUAGAUAUCUGGGGUCGUGCUGAAAGCUUCCUCCUUAUGAUCGGUUUCUGUGUCCUCGGCCUAAUCCUGAUGGCCGCGUCUAACAAUCUCGAGACAUAUUGUGCUGCGCAGGUAUUUUACUCGAUUGGCUUCGGUGGACUUGCCUAUUGCUGGGAUGUGCUCGCGACCGACGUGACAAGCUUGAGAAACCGAGGUCUGGCAUUUGCCUUCACUUCGUCGCCGGGUAUAAUUACAGCCUUUGCUGGGUCGAAAGCCGCCGAGGGAUUCCUUGACAAUGCCAGUUGGCGUUGGGGCUUUGGCUGCUGGGCAAUUAUUUUCCCCGCUAUUGGCUUGCCGGUCUAUUUGUUAUUGGCAUACCACCUCAACAAGGCCAGAAAGCAAGCCGUUAUCACGCCGAGAGUCAAGAGCAACAGAACCUUUGUUGAGGCAAUCAAGCACGUUGUCAUCGAAUUUGACCUGGCGGGAGUCAUUCUACUCGGAGGCGGCUUUGUCGUAUUUCUCCUCCCUUUCACCUUGGCUAGCACCGCACCGCAAGGCUGGAAGACUGGAUAUAUUAUUGCAAUGAUCGUGGUCGGCUUCGUUGCCAUUGUGCUCUUCUUCCUUUAUGAAGUCUUCUUGGCACCCGUUCCUUUCUUGAAGAAUCGCUUCCUCCUGAACCGGACUGUCUUGGGUGCAUGUCUUUUGGACUUCACAUACCAGAUCUCCUACUACUGCUACGCCAGCUACCUGACGUCGUUUCUCCAAGUUGUCUACAACCUCUCCGUUGCUGAUGCAGGGUACGUCGGAAACACUUUUAGUGUUGUUUCGUUUGUGUUCCUGUUUAUUGCGGGCUACUUGAUCCGCGUAACCGGGAAAUUCAGAUGGAUCCUGUACAUCUGCGUUCCACUAUAUGUUUUCUCGCUGGGCUUGAUGAUCCAUUUCCGACAGCCAAACGGGUAUAUUGGCUAUAUAGUUAUGUGCGAGAUCUUCUUUUCUGUUUCUGGAAGUAUCUUCAUCCUCUGCGUUCAGCUUGCUGUACUAUCUUCCGUCGAUCAUCAACACGUUGCUGCGGUGCUCGCUUUCUUGUUUGUCAGUGGAAGUAUUGGCGGCGCCGUUGGAAGCGCUAUCUCUGGUGUUAUAUGGACCAACACCUUCGAGAAGGCCCUUGUUCGCUACCUUCCGGAGUCUGCCUUGCCCAAUCUUACCACAAUUUACGCGAGUCUACCUGCGCAGCUGGCCUAUCCUGUUGGAAGCCCCGAGCGACUUGGGAUUCAGCUAGCUUAUGGGUACGCACAGACCAGAAUGCUGGCUGCUGGCACUGCCAUCAUGGCCUUGGGCUUUAUCUGGGUGGCAAUGAUGAAGAAUCUGAACGUGAAGAAGAUGACGCAGACCAAGGGUACCGUGUUUUAA